UAUAAAUAGAACAGUUCAUUGCCAAGUCAAGGCCAAGUCUAGUCUGAGACGCCAAAUAAUUAACGAAACUCUCAAGAUGACCGCCAGUGCAAUACGUAGCAUGAACGAUUUCUACAAGCGCGUGGAGGCUGCAGAUGACAAGCUAAUUGUCUUGGAUUUCUAUGCCACUUGGUGUGGUCCCUGCAAAGAUAUGGAAGGAACUGUCAAGAGCUUGGCCCGUCAAUAUGCCUCCAAAGUGGUGUUCAUCAAGGUCAAUGUUGACAAAUUUGAUGAACUAACUGAGAAAUAUAGUGUAAGAAGUAUGCCCACAUUUGUUUUCCUAAAAGGAACACGCCGUGUCUUUAGUUUUUCUGGAGCCGAUGAUGAUAAGCUCAUCAAGACAGUGAGCAAAUUGGCCAAAUAGAAGUGAAACAAUCCAAAUAACAAAAGGCGCGGAGGCGCAGGCGUCCCAGUUAAAUGACUUUUUUUUUAUAAUGUUUAUGAAUGUGUCCUGUGAACAGUUUAUUUUUGUGACCAAGUCCAUAGUUCUUAAGUAAUUUUAUAUACAUAUGAACAUCUGUGAUGCCUUGUCGCCCUAUAAAUGACUGAACCCUACAUAAAUAAUAUAAGACAAUAAACAAAAUUACAUUUAUAACGCACAAUA